GCUAGUAAAUAAGUGAGGAUCGGACACGAACGGCAUAAAAAUUGCUGUAAGAAUGAAGAAUUCACUCAAAUUUAAGUUGAAUAUAUCUAAUAUCCUAGAUGCUCCAUCGCAACUUUAUGCGGAACCAGUGCAAAUUACAAAUUUUAAACGUCAGGAAUAUGAUGAUGACGUCAGUGAAAAUGGAAAACUUGGAACUACCAAGAAUGAACCAGGCGUGCCACCUCUCUCUUAUUUUGAAUUGUUCAAAUAUUCUACCUGCCUAGAUAAAAUAGUUAUGUGCAUCAGUCUUCUCUGUGCGGUUGGUUCUGGAUUAUGCACACCGGCAAAUAUAUAUUCAUAUGGAACACUGGUUGGAGAUAUGAUCUCCAGUGCGAAAGAAGCUGAUACUGAAUCAGCGAUAAAUGGUACAGAGUCAGCGACAAUGAAUAUUUUGGAUUCCGUAGAGACAUUCGCCAUUCUGAAUUCACUUAUCAGUGUUGCCAUGUUGGUCUUCAGUUACAUCAGUAUAAUGACAUUAAAGUACACUGCUCAAAAACAAGCCUAUCACGUACGAUCGUUGUACCUGAAUUCAGCGUUGCAUCAGGACAUAACUUGGUACGAUUCGAUGCGAAGUGGUGAAGUAGCAAGUAGAUUGACAGAAGACGUAAUGCAAUUCGAGGAAGGAGUUGGCGACAAAUUGUCAAUGUUUGUUCACAACAUGACAGCAUUUAUCGCAUGCACUGUGUUGGCAUUUUUUAAAGGUUGGAAACUCGCCCUUGUCUGUAUAAUAUCACUACCCGUUACAACAUUGAUUCUCAUUGGAGUAACUGAAAUCUUAUCGAGACUUACUCGAAAAGAAACAGAAAUUUAUGCUCAGGCUGGAAAUAUCGCGGAAGAAGUCAUAUCGUCUAUACGCACGGUUUUUGCUUUCGAUGGUCAGCAAUUAGAAGUUGACAGAUACAAAAGCAACCUUCAGUCGACUUUUAGAAAUAACAUUAAAAAAUGUUUUUGCAAUGGACUUGGAUUUGGUCUACUUUCGUUGGCUAUUUAUAGUAAUUAUGCUCUCUCCUUCUGGUAUGGUGUUACUCUUAUCAUUGAAGACAUGGAUCUUCCAGCGGGUGAACAAACAUACACGGCAGCAGUGAUGAUAACG